AGCUUUGCCAAUUUGAGAAUUUACCCACAUGGAUUGGUGCUGCUGGACCUUCAAAGUUAUGACAGUGAUGCACAGAGCAAAGAAGAAAUUGACAGGCUUUUGAACAAAGUUGAAGAAAGAAUGAAAGAAUUGAGUCAGGACAGUACUGGACGAGUAAAGCGAUUACCACCCAUAGUUCGAGGAGGGGCCAUCGACAGAUACUGGCCCACUGCUGAUGGACGCCUAGUUGAAUAUGACAUAGAUGAAGUGGUGUAUGAUGAAGAUUCACCUUAUCAGAACAUUAAAAUUCUACACUCGAAGCAAUUUGGAAACAUUCUCAUCCUUAGUGGGGAUGUUAAUUUGGCAGAGAGUGAUUUGCCAUAUACCCGGGCCAUCAUGGGUAGUGGCAAAGAAGAUUACACUGGCAAAGAUGUACUGAUUUUAGGAGGCGGAGAUGGGGGCAUUUUAUGUGAAAUAGUCAAACUGAAACCAAAGAUGGUCACCAUGGUAGAAAUUGACCAAAUGGUGAUUGAUGGAUGUAAGAAAUACAUGCGAAAAACUUGUGGUGAUGUCUUAGACAAUCUUAAAGGAGACUGCUAUCAGGUUCUAAUAGAAGACUGUAUUCCAGUACUUAAGAGGUACGCCAAAGAAGGGAGAGAGUUUGAUUACGUGAUUAAUGAUUUGACGGCUGUUCCAAUCUCUACGUCUCCGGAAGAAGAUUCCACAUGGGAGUUUCUCAGACUGAUUCUUGACCUCUCAAUGAAAGUACUGAAACAGGAUGGGAAAUACUUUACACAGGGGAACUGUGUCAAUCUGACAGAAGCCCUGUCGCUCUAUGAGGAACAGCUCGGGCGCCUGUAUUGUCCUGUGGAAUUCUCCAAGGAGAUCGUUUGUGUCCCUUCGUAUUUGGAAUUGUGGGUAUUUUACACUGUUUGGAAGAAAGCUAAACUUUGAAGAUGAAUAUCCCUAAUCACAUGUGCUGCAAAUAGCCUUCCUGACCUCCAUAUGCUAUACAUGACAUCGAAACGAGUCAGGCAAUUGAUUGUGAAUCCCUUACUCUUUUUUUUAAUUAUUAUUUUUAAUUUAAAAAAGCAAAUCAAAAAUGUAUAUUUUGAUGAGCUGGGGUGUUAUUUUUUUGAAAGUCAGCUGAAGGACAGUUAGACAGCACAGCGAAGACUGCUAAAUGCACUGACCCCCUAGAAUGUGAUUUUUGUUUUUAUUUCUGUGUGGCUUUUUUUUUUUUUUUUUUUUUUUUGGGUAGACUUUCAAUUUGGAUGUUUGGAGGAGUGAACAUCAUUGUUUUGUUCUGGAGGGAAGAAGUUCUUGAUGGUGUUUCUUUCCCCCCAAAUCGACUUAGAUAUUAAAAUUUGGUGCUUAUAAGAGUUAAAAAAAAUGAAUAGCAAUGCUUCAAUUAAAGUUACAAGAGCGA